CAGACCACCUGCUACUCCUGUGGCGGUUUUGGUCACAUGAGCCGUGACUGUACUCAGGGCCAGAAGUGCUACAACUGUGGCGAGGUUGGUCACUUGUCCCGCGACUGCCCCUCCGAGACCACCAACGAGCGUGUCUGCUACCGCUGCAAGCAGCCUGGUCACGUCCAGAACGCUUGCCCCAACUAA